AGAGUCGAGAAUUGGUGGAUCAGGCCAUCAUCUCAGGAAGUGACUGCGGACUUCUAAGAUCUGGUCUGGGUCACAGGUGGCACGCGUCAUGAGCUUCUACAUUUCCGAGUUGUCCAAGCAUGCAUUCAUCUGUGGCGCUAUAUGAUAGUCAUAAAGGACUUCGAACACAGCUUUGAGCACUUUGUAGCCUGUUAAUCCUGCCAUUUUUGUGCUUUUGUGUUUUGAAUGCCUUUAAAGUGCAUCUUGUAAGUCAGGGUGAGACUGUUCAAUUGUUUUGUCCUUCUCCUUUCUCUUUCUUCCCCUUUCUCUAGGUGAUGACUUGACUGCCGCUGUAGGAAGAGACCCUCAUGAUUUGGUCGUAAAGCAAAUUAGCAAACUCCUUGACAACCGAAAUGUGGUAAGGAGUCUCAUCAAGCCCCAGUCUUCUAAAACUAGGUUGACCCAUAGGCGUCGUUUCAGGGCCUACGACGUAUUGACAGUGCGGGCUCAGAGUGGAAGGAAAUUCAUUUGUUGCCAAAGUAUGAUACGAACGGCCGCUUCCUCCACCGUGCCAACCAUCGGGCAAAUCGAUCUCACGAAGAAGGCUUUUCCGCACAAUCCUCUCUACACGUUCGCCGUUCUCGCCUUUGAGAUAAUAGGGAGAAAGGGAGGAAGGG